AUGGUUACUAAAUUUGAACAACUUCCCAGUGAAUUAAUCAUGUUUAUCAUUGAAUUUAUUGAAAAUCCACUUUUACUCUUUCUCAAUUUGAACUCAAAUAUUAAUAGAAUACUUUCUGAUCAUCGAAUAAAACUAAACUGUAAAAUCGAAAACAAUCUUUAUUACAUUGCAUCAUUACCAACAAGUUUAACGCGGUUCGUGUCGAUGAAUUUUAGAGGUGGUGAUCUACGAAGAUUUCAAAAUUUAAAAUCACUUAUUUUAUGUAUCAACGAAAAUAUAGUAGGUAAAUUUCGAUUCCCAUCGUCACUUGAAUAUCUUAAAAUAAGUUUCAAUACUGAUAUUCCGUCAUCACUAUUUCAUUCAUUAUCAACAUUAAAACGGUUACAAACGUUGGUUAUCAAUAGUAAAAAUCGAAUAGAUGUUACUUUUCCUGCCGAUCUGAUAUUAUUUAGUAGGAAUAUGAAAAUUUUACAAUUGGAAAAUAUUCCUAUAGAAAUAUCAUCGAUCUAUAAUCUUGAAGAAUUACCUAAAUUAAAAUAUUUGAAUAUUCAGUUAUCGGAAGCUGACGAAUUAUUUCAUGAUACAUCGUUCGCAUCUUUUUCUACAUUGAAAACUCUAAUUAUUCAUUUCCAAUUAUCAUUCACAGACUUAGAACAUGUACUUUCAGCUUUCGAUGGAGAUCAUUUAGAAAAUCUGGAACUCUAUAGCCAAACUAAUAUUUCACAAACGGAUUAUUUUGAUGGAAAACGAUGGUCUAAAUUAUUUGAACGAUUUCAAAAAUUAACAAAAUGUCAAAUUGAACUGCGACAAAAAGGUAGAAGAGGAUUAUAUGACAAUUUGGUACGAGAAUUUCAAAGAGAAUUGAAAGAAAUUAAAGAAUUAAAAGAAAAAUGGAAUAUGAAAUGUUACCGAAGUUGCCCAGGGUAUCACGGAACAGUUGUGUCUGUACAAAUUUCAGCAAGUUUAUAA